CGGCUGCCGUAACUUCCUUCCGCGAAAUGCCGCGAAAGGUCUCGCGCGAGCGAGCGGCCUCGUCGCUUCCCCAGAAGGCCUUGCGGCCCGGUCACCUUUAAGGGCUCUGGAAGCCACGGUCCGGCCGAGGUUGCCGCCGCCGCCGCGAUGUGGUUCGAGAUUCUUCCCGGCGUCGCCGUCAUGGGCGUGUGCAUGCUCAUCCCUGGCGUGGCCACGGCAUUCAUCCAUAGAUUCUCCAACGGAGGCAAGGAAAAAAGAAUUGCCCAUUAUCCAUACCAGUGGUGCUUGAUGGAAAGAGAUCGGCGUGUCUCUGGAGUAAACCGUUACUACGUUUCGAAGGGUUUGGAGAACAUUGAUUAAGGAAGAUUUUCCUUGCUCAGUACAAAGUAACUUCUGCACAUCUACUCCUGCUAGAAGUAUUCUAGAGCCUUCGAUGUAUUAUGUAGUGCUUAAUAAAAAGAAAACAAGAAAGUUAAAAAUCAAA